AUGGCUGAUCACUCGGAGACUCAACAACCCUCCCGAACUAACACUUAUCUCAUAGCUGCAAACGUCGCCCUCUUAGCGGAAAACCAGCGGAUGGCUGAGCUGCUGGCGGCACUACAAAACAACGGAAAUCGGAAAAUUGAUAGCAAAAAGACAAACGCCGAUCAGCACGAAGAGCAUCAGUCAAAGUCCAACGCAAAGACAGGAGAGACUCCCCCAAAGACCGGGAGGCGGCGAGCCAAUCCGUUCUCCGAGGAGAUAAUGAGUUACAAAAUGCCCCAGAACUUUACGCUCCCGAUGACCCUAACACCAUAUAAGGGAAUCGGGGACCCUACAGUUCACAUCACAGAGUUCGAGUCCAUGAUGUUUCUCAACAGUGACUCUGAUCUCAUUUUAUGCCAAUCAUUUCCUACCUUUUUAGAUGGGGCUGCUUUAUUAUGGUUUUCUAAUUUGCCUGCAGGGUCCAUAACUAGCUUUGACGAGUUCGGCAGGAUGUUCAUCAAUUACUUUGCAGCAUCAAAAAUCUAUGUGAGGGACUCAGAUUAUCUCAGCAUAAUUAAGCAAGGGCAGCAUGAGAGUCUAAAAGAUUACAUGAUGCGUUUCACCAUGGCGGCCAUGAAAAUCCCUGAUUUGAACCCAGAAGUACAGUUGCAUGCUAUCAAAAGCCGCCUCCGACCUGGAAAGUUCCAGGAAGCCAUAGCUGUGGCUAAACCAAAGACACUGGAGGAAUUCCGAGACAAAGCUAUAGGACAAAUCGAGAUAGAAGAACUAUGCGAAACGCGAAGGAAUGAAAGACCGUCAUCAUGGAAAGACGACGACAAGCCGAGCAGGUCAAAUAUCAAAGAUCACAGAAAACCUUUUAAACUAACUCCAAAGUUUGAUUCCUAUACCAGGUUCAAUACGAGAAGAGAGGACAUAAUCAAAGAAAUACUACACAACAGGCUCAUAAAGCCGUCAGUCAAGGCAGGGACACACCAAGACCAGAAGUAUGUGGACAAAGGGAAGCACUGUGCAUUCCACCAGAAAUUCAGCCACACCACUGACGAAUGUGUAGUAGCUAAAGACCUGUUAGAGAGAUUAGCAAGACAGGGCCUGCAGGACAAAUACAUCAGUUCCAGGAAUAAGAAGGAAAUAGCUGACAUGAACAAGCCGAAGUAUAACUCGGAUCACAAAGAAAAAGGAACAUGGCUGGAUCCAGUAGAGACCCCCACCUCCAAAGGGGUCAUAAACUAUAUAUCAGGAGGUUUCGCUGGAGGAGGCAUAACCAGCAUGGCAAGGAAGCGAAGUUACCAGACCAUGAUGACGAUGGAAGGAACUCAACAAAACACACCAGUUCCGACUUCCUCCGUCGACGUCAGCUUCAGUGCUUGUGACUUCAAAUCACAGACCCCAAAUUUAGACGACCCAGUAGUAAUAUCAGUAAGUAUAGAGGAACUAACCGUGAAAAAGGUAUUGCUCAAUCCAGGAAGCAGUGCCGACGUCCUAUUCUACUCCACAUUCAAAAAGAUGCAAUUAAGCGAUAAGUCAUUACAGCCAUCGGGAGGAGAAUUGGCAGGUUUCUCAGGUGAAAGAGUCCCCAUAUCAUGUUAUGUCUGGUUGAAAACGACACUAGGAGAACCCCCAAACUCCAAAACAUUGGACAUUCAAUUCUUGGUGGUCGAUUGUGUUAGCCCUUACAACAUCAUUUUGGGACGUCCAUCCCUUAACUCUUUUGGAGCUAUUGUCUCCACCAUUCAUCUGUGUGUCAAGUUUCCCUUGCAGGACAACAGAAUAGUAACAGUCCACGCCGAUCACAAGGAGGCUAGACAAUGCUACAAUGCAAGCUUAAGGAAGGUCGCAAAGGAAACCAUCCCGAGAAUUAACUCCGUGUACAACUCGGAACACAUCCCACGCCUGGCCGAAAUGGAUCUUAGUACAUACACCCACGCAAAAAAAAAAAAAGCGAGAACGGCAGAAAGGGCUGCAGCCUCCACGCCUCGCCGCCGAAGUCCUGCUGCUGCCAAGUCGCCAUCGACGUCAACCCUAGAGAAAGAAGGAGUCUGCGAGUUGAAGGAAGCUGGAGGAGUGUCACUGCCAUUAGCGUUUUGCAGUGUCGUCAUCAUGGUCACCGAGAAGGAGGAGGAACCGCGAGGAAGAGAGGGACGCGGUCAAUCUCAUCGUCAUCAGAUUCGUCUUUGCCGAUGGAGACCCCGUCGCCAAGCUGCUGCACCGCCGCUGCCACCGUUGGGUUUCCAGGAAGAGGAGCUCGAACGGGAGAGAGAGAACGAGAGAGAGAGAGUUCGCAGAAAGAGAAACAUCACCAUACACGAACAGAGGGGGGAGGAGGAACUCACCGGAGGAGAAGGAGACUCGUCGCCGUGCCUCUAG